CUUCCGACAGCGGAGUUUUACCAAUUUUUCUAAAAAAAAAAAAACUCCGAAUUACCGUACCAUACCCCCACGCUCACGGUUUCCGUUUGUGCCCGUCAGCCGCGCCCUGUUUAGGGGUUAACCCAGGGCACCUCCUGAGUCCUGACUAGUGACCACGGUGUCCCCCCCUGUCUCCGUCAGUCACCGCAACCCACGUCUAGGAGAACGCAACCUUGAUCCCACAGCGUUACGACGGAACCCUAUCCUAUAGUAAUUCAUUACUAAGAAGAAGAAGAAGAAGAAGAAGGUAACCCCGUCAUUCGAAUGGGGAGUUCUGCGAGGUGUCUGUGGAUAGCGGUUUCGCUGGUGUUCUUUUUUGCGCUCGUUUCGACGACUGAGAGGAAUGUUUUGGAACUUACGAGUCGGGAGGUUGAGGGAUUGCUGCAGGUAUGUUUUCUGAAAGAUGGGUACUGGCAUGGAGAGGAGAGGAGGCUGCUAAUGCGUAUUAUGAUAGGAAUGCCCGCUUGUGCAAAAAUUGAAUCACGAGCGCCUCGCGAAUAGUCCCGAGACGUCGAGUCUCAUGAAGAGGGCCUUCGCGAUAUUGUUUCCUGCGGGGCCCGCUGUGAAUAGUUUGUUGGCUACGGCGUAUAUUUCUGGACCUCCCAGUGAGUUCCUUACUUACCUGGUAUGAGAGAAGAGAAGGGAGGCUUGCUGAUGGGAUUGAAAUGGGGGGGGGGUAGAUUUUCUGCUGGCACUCGUUCCUACAAACAUCGAUCCCUCCAGCCUCUCCGUCAUGGUAGCGUUUGCCGUCGGGGGUUUACUGGGAGACACACUGCUACACCUGAUCCCGCAGACCUUUAUGGGAGAGCCGCAUGGGGACGAGGUCAACUUUGUCAUGCUCGAUCCAAAGCGGAACGCACUGCUGGGAUUGUUCAUUUUCAUUGGGUUCGUCUCGUUCGUUGCUAUGGACAAGACUAUGCGCAUCUUGGGUGGUGGGGACGGGCACUCUCACUCUCACUCGCACCCCCACCCUCAUUCUGAGGAUACGAGCGCUAGUUCCAGCACCGACAUUGGGGACAAACUCAGCGACGUAAAGAACCGCAAGGGCAAGAAGUCCCCCACCCCCACCGACGGGAUGAAAGAUGGCCCCGCGAAGAAACCCGAGCCAAGCAACUCCAUUAAGCUCUCCUCAUACCUCAACCUCAUCGCCGACUUCUCCCACAACAUCACCGAUGGCCUUGCCAUGUCCGCUGCCUUCUAUGCUGGUCCCAUGGUCGGUGCGACCACCACCGUCGCAGUCUUCUUCCACGAGAUCCCGCACGAGGUUGGCGACUUUGCCCUCCUUGUUCAAUCCGGCUUCACAAAGUGGCAGGCUAUGGGCGCGCAGUUCUUCACUGCUGUCGGCGCCUUCUUGGGCACGUUCAUUGGCAUCGCUAUCCAGACAUAUUCCGCCUCCGGGGCUACGGUGGAGGUUUCCGGUGGUGAGGGGCCCGAUGCGGGGCUUUGGGGUACUGGGCUGACAGCUGGUGAUCUGGUGCUCCCGUUCACGGCCGGUACCUUCCUGUAUGUGGGUUUCAGCGUGAUCCCCGAGUUGCUGGAGACCGGGAAGAAUAAGGGGGAGGAGGUUAGAAAGUCGAUUACCCAAGCGUAAGCUCCCCUUAGGUAAAAAAAAAAAAAAACAUGUUUGUGGGAUGUGCCACUGAUCAGUGGGGCAGUAUUGCGAUGGCUUUGGGUUUUGGGAUCAUGUUUGCGUGAGUUCUCCAGAUUUGACAUUUCCUGAGGAAUGAUUUUUCGGUGCUAACUAGCUCUCAUAGCAUCUCUUGGGCCGAAGGUUAAUUUUCUCAACAUCUCAUUCCUUCGUACAAAUUCCUAGGAUCUACAGAGUAAUAGAACACCACAAGUAGAGCUUUCAGAGUAAUGUUUAUUUCUCUUU